UCAGAUAAGAGAAAAUCCGGGCGAUGUAGAUUUCGUAAAUGGAAAUAUUCUUUGUGAUUUGACACAAUCAAGACAUUAAAUGUUCAGGUAGCUCACCUACAUUAUAACACAUCUUAAAAUAUCAACUGCCAGGUUAUCGAGACAGGAAAUUUCGUUCAUUUCUCCAUUUAGGAAGCUGUACUUUACAUCUGUCAUCAUUUAGAAUCAGCUAUUCAGAAUUCCAAAACGUGCAACAGUCGGGCUUAUCAGUACCAAUCGCUUGAAAUUUAUAUUUUGACCGUCUUCACCAUUUAUUUAUUUUUUAUUUGGUCUGGUUAAGAGGUAAAACGGGCAUCAGUCGGUCUGUCAUUCAUUUACUUCGAAGAAGCAUCAGCUUGCUGAAUAUUGUAGACUAGUAGAGCGAGAGUGAAAGAAAAAGAGAUGGAGAGAGGGGAAAAGAGAAAAACACGGAAAGAGAGGAAGAAGAAAUUACGCUUGUAAAGCAGGCACUGCAAUGCUAUCCUGUUAGUCUUUUUGUUUUCCUUCUGCUCACAGGUUUUCUGACUGGCUUCGCUGUUGUCUUCCGUGUUAUUUGUUAGUGAUGAUGAUAAUGAUGCUGGCACUGCAGAGGAAUUAGUGACCAACAGCGACACACAGCACAGCGGCUGCUCUUUGGAUCACCGUAAAGAAUGAAAUAACCAGGAGCUGUCUCUAACUCGCUGUUUAUAUGUAAAAAAAUACCCAAACAAAUCGUUAAACAGUUUCCAUUCCAUAUUCACUACUGCUAUUUAUCAAUCUAUUUAACUAACAGUUUCUCCUGACUCGCUGUAGCGUUAGUAAUAGGUGUGUUUCGACAUAAAACUCCUCUAAGCUGUCUCUCACAUCCUCCCAUUCCUCUUUCCCUUUCCGUCUCUCUCUUUCUCUCCAUCUCUAUCCGAGAAUUUUCUCUUUUUUAUGUUACUUUCUUCUUCAUCUAGACUCUGUUUACCAUUAGUGGUUUGUACUAACCCGACCAUACAGACAUCAAGCUGGAAAUGUGUUAUUUCUUCCAUCAAUGAUAGCAAGCUUUUAUCUAAAAUUCCAAAAUACGCACUGAAUACCCUCGAUUUCUACAAAACAAAUGGGCUUCAUUCGUUGUCAGACGAAAAUAUUCACUCAACGCUCAUUAGAAUGCUGUACAUAUACAAAUGAAGGUUGCAUUAACGAAAAAUAUCGAGCAUUCAAUCAGUCAUUUUUCUAUUCCGCUAAAGGUGUUUAUUUUUAAAUCGAACAGUUUCCAAAUGGAAUGAUUUAUCCGAAAGGUAUUCACCCUUUCAACACAUCCAACAUUUCAGCAGUAUUAAUUAUCUUUACCUCAUUAUACACCUUGAUGCUUUCUCCAUCUUUCUUUUAAAUCUAUAUCAACAACCACACACACGCACCAAUAUAGACAUACGCUUGCAUUGGAGCAUUUCGUGCAAUAUAUGCAUAUAUACAACCUAAGAAAUCGUUAUAGACGACGUAUGUAUAUAGAUAUAAAUUUGUACAUGUAUCACAAUAUAUGUCUACCAGGUAGACGUAUGCCUGUACAGGCACAUACCACAACACCUCAUUCGAAGUUAAAACGGAACCUGCACUCCUAGGUUUUUUAAAAAUUAUUUAAACAAAAAGGUGAAAAGAAAUAAAACAAAAAAAGUAAUAAUCAAACUAAAAACAAGUGGCUAAUAAAUUAGAAAGAUAUACAGCCGUCGUUAAGCUCGCUCAGGGAGUGUACGUAAUAUAAUUGUACAUACAUAUAUACAUCGAUAUAUAUAUAUAUAAUUUUAAUAUCGAUAUCUACCUAUAACUUCAUGACAUAAUUAUAAUUGCAAUCUAGCCUGCUGUGUUCCAAUAUUUUCUGCUCUAGUGUCAUUCAUUUACACCCAAAUAGACAACAUUCGUUAUGUUAGCGCUUAUGGCACCAGUUGUCGCCUUGCAGAGGCCACUUACUUGGGUAUCUUAAGAAAAAAACAGAGAAGUAAAGAAUAAGGAGGACUGUCAUUAUAUAGGAAGAUAACUGCAAAGCAAAAAUUAUUCUCCAAAAAUCAUUCAGCCUGGCGUCGUCUGGAGAGAGCGCUGCUUUAAAGGAAGAAAAUAUGUCCCACCGUUACAGUAAAAGGACAGAAUCUUUACCCAAUACCCUGUCAGGGGCCAUGUUUGGAAAUGGGCAACAUUCGCAAGAGGAAAAUCCUAAUUAUCUUGUUUACAAAAAGAUGGAAAAUAUCUUGGACCGUAUGCAAGAUGAAAAUACUGGAGUACCUGUGAAAACAGUAAAAAGUUUCAUGUCAAAAGUCCCCAGUGUUUUUACAGGUCAAGAUCUAAUUAGUUGGAUGAUGAGAAAUUUAGAUGUGGACGAUCAAGCGGAAGGAUUACAUCUGGCUCACCUAAUGUCUGCUCACGGCUAUCUUUUCCCUAUUGAUGACCAUGUGUUAACGGUUAAAAAUGACAACACGUAUUACCGUUUCCAGACACCUUGCUUCUGGCCUUCUCGCAGUGGUGAACCAGAGAAUACUGAUUAUGCUGUCUAUUUAUGCAAAAGAACCAUGCAAAACAAACAGCGUUUGGAGCUUGCAGAUUAUGAAGCUGAGAAUUUAGCGCGACUCCAGAAAAUGUUUUCUCGUAAAUGGGAAUUUAUUUUUAUGCAAGCAGAAGCACAAGCUAAGGUAGAUAAAAAACGAGACAAAUUAGAGAGAAAAGUGUUGGAUAGUCAAGAAAGAGCAUUCUGGGAUGUACAUAGACCUGUGCCUGGUUGUGUAAAUACUACUGAAGUAGAUAUCAAAAAGGCAUGUCGAAUGAACAGACAUUCAAAAAUGACAAGGCACAAUUAUGCUGUACCAGGUGGCCGUCUUAGUCCAAGUGUGUCAGAAGCUGACUUACACAGUCCAUCUACAGAUUCCGCUAAAUCAGAGGCUUCAGCUGACAGUCAGCUGAUUGAGAGUCUUAAACAAAAGCUUGAGAAACGAAGAGUAAAAAUUUCCAAAGUUGCUGAAAGCUUCAUUGCUUACUGUGAACAAUAUGCAGAAUUUGAUGCCUUCAGCACAACCCCUGAACCAUCGAAUCCCUGGAUCUCUGAUAAUAUAGAAUUCUGGGAGCAGGAAAAAACUGUAAAUCCCAAAGACAUUCCACCACGGCGUGUGAAACGGUGGGGUUUUACUAUUGAAGAAGUUCUCACUGACCAGGCUGGAGUUGAACAGUUUAGUAAGUUCCUUGAUAAGGAAUUCAGUGGAGAAAAUCUUAAAUUUUGGUUAGCAUGUAAAGAUCUGAGAGGAUUAUCCCUGAGAGAAGUAAACACCAGAGUUCUAGAUAUAUAUAAAGAAUUCCUUGCUCCUGGUUGUCAUAACCCAGUUAAUGUGGAUAGUACAAUUGCUGAACUGGUAAGACGAAGAAUAGAAAAUAACCCUGAUCGGUACUGCUUUGAUGAAGCUCAGAAUCAUAUAUUUAAACUGAUGAAAAGUGACAGCUAUAAUCGAUACCUGCGGUCCGAUAUGCACAAAGAGUUUCUCAGUGCUACAAGAAAGAAACAGACAAGGUCCAUAAUACCAAAGCUGCCAAGUUUAAGCAUCGGUGGAACUUAAAAACUUCGAUCACAUUUACUCUUGCUGCACAGUUGUUGCACCACCACCAUCACCAUCGGUCACUACUACCUACCUUCCUGCUGCAUGUUAACUUCUGAAUAAAAAAAAAACAACCAAAAAAAAAAAAAGAAAGAAAGCCAAAAUUACCCCCCAAGCUCUAAACCAGCAAGCAGCCUGUGAUACACAAAUAAUAGGACAGAAACUAUAAAAACAACAGUUACUAACAAACAAAAAUAGUUCAAAAUCAAUCAAAACAAGAAUGAAGAUAAAAAAAAAAGUGUUUCUGAUACACUUUGAGUGCUGUCAUAUUGGGGCUGGUAAACAUGGUCUCUCUCUCUGUCUUUCUCUCUUUCUCUGUAUCUAUAUCUCUCUUUUUCUCACUGUCUCUUUCUGUCUUUUGCUCUCUCUCUCUCACUCUCUCUCUCACUCUCUCUCUCUCUCUCUCUCUUUGACUCUUUAUCUAUGUCUAUCUGUGUAAUGUAAGAUAUUGCACAGAUGAUCUAGUGACAAGAUUCUUAUCAUGGCAGACUUAUUCAUCACGGACUGGUUGGCUGGGUUUCUAUGUAUGCAGACACACACAAAAUAAUAACACGCACAUAUACAUGCAAUAUACGUACACAUGUAUGUAUACACACACAUAUGUAUGUUGAUAUCCAUAUAUAUAAUAAAACACACACACACACAUAUGUAUAAUGCAGAUAUAUUCACACACACAUAUAUACAUACAUAUACAUUGUUAAAUUUUGGGAUGGUCAAGUUUUUUGUUUUUCUUGCCAAAUAAACACAUGCACUAUAUGUAUUCAUUCUUUACUUGUUUAUUACUGUUCUUUUAUGUUCAAUGUGAGGAAGUCUUUCAUCACACACCUGUGGCCUCUUCAGUGACUUUCCAUUCCACAUGUUCUGAACAGGAAGAGACAUAUAGGAUGGAAAGUUACUGAAGACCUCACAGGUAUGUGACAAAAAAUUUCCAAACAAUAGACAUAAAAUAAGAAUGGUAAUGAACAAGUGAAGAACAAAUAUAUAGGGCAUGCGCUUAUUUAGUAACAAAAAAGAAAAUGACCAUCUCGAAAUAUAACAAGAUCUGUUUCAACACACAAUUUCACAUCAAGAUUCUUGCAAAACAAAUUCAUAAACAUAAAUAAAUGAAUAUAUAUAUAUAUACACGCAUACACACACACACACACACACACAUAUAUGCAUACACAUAUUUACAUAUAUAACUACAUAUAUAUAUAUAACUAUAUAUAUAUGCAUAUAUACGUUUAAUAUUUUAAAAUUUUGUUUUGUUUUUGUUAUUGCAUCACUUUGUUAAAGCAAUCUCCCCUACAAAAAGCAAAAAAAAAAAUAUAUAUAUAAAUUGAACUAUAAAUGAGGAAGCCAAAAAAUAAGAAGAGAUAAACCUCAUAGAACUUUCAUAACCAUCAUUGUUUCUAUCACUGGUACAUUUUCCAUUCUUUGCUACUAUUACUGCUGCUGUUAUUGUUGUUGUUGUUGUUGUUGCUACAACCAUCACCACCAUCACUACACUCCCCAUUACUCUUUACCAUCAGUGAUCUCACCACCACAAUCUUAAAUUAUAUUAAUACUAUGACUACCAUCACCAUCAUCAUCACCACCACAACAACCACUAACAGUACCAUUUAGUGCCCCCACCCACCCACCAUCAUUUCCAUCCCUCUUCCACCAUCAUAAUGGUGACAACUAUGACUACAAUUACCACUGACACCAACCCAACCAAAAUCAACACCACAACUGUUGUCCCUACCACUAAGACUAACCACCCACAGCGCCACCAUCCCUAACCACCAACAACAAUACCAUCAUAACGAUUACCACAAGCAUUUUUAAUUAUAUUGUUCUUAGAUAAAAUAAUUAAGGAAUAUUGGUGUUGAUAUAAUUAAAACUGUGUCUAUUAACACCUACCACAGCCAUCAACUCUCCUGCAGCCACCAUCACUACCACCACCAACCACUCGAAAUACCAUUACUUCAACUACCAUCACUGCUCCUACCAUCACUGCUCCUACCACCAGCAUAGCAGCUUAACCUACACUACUACUACUACUACUACUACAAUGAUUGAGUAUUAACCACUAACAUUAAUGCUUCAAAUAAUAAUACCACUACUAUGAUUGCCACCAUCACCACCAUAAUUUUUUUACCAUCACUACUACAUACAUCUACUACUAAACUGUGAUUCCUUGUAUAGUGUUUCUGACAUUUUAACUGUCUUUGUAAAUAUUCUUUUCUUAUUAUUACUAAUCUAUCCAUUCAGAUCACUAUAAGGAUUAAUUUACAAAUGAAGAACAUUUGGUAUUUGCCAACAUUUCAAAC